AAUAUAGCUCGUGUAUCAAACAAAGCAAAUGGGCUAACAUGUCUUGAUUAAUAUUGCGUUCAAGUGUUUUAACUCUAGAGUUGCACAAAGCAAAGCCCUUUUUUAUAUUUGAUAGUGAUUAAUACAGAGCUUCUGCUUCUUCUUCUUCUUCUUCCUGGGCUGUGUGUAAGCAAAUCAAAUCAAGGAUCGAAGAAAUCGCUGGAGAAUGAGAUGCAGUGGUACGUCGUAGCAUCGCUCCUCACUCUUCUCACCAGUUCUCAGGGAAUUUUGACAACAUUGUCACAGAGCGAUGGGGGAUACAAGUAUGACUACGCAACUAUUCCUUUUCUUGCUGAGAUCUUUAAGCUUGUGGUAUCUAGCAUCUUUCUCUGGAGAGAGUGUAAGAAAUCCCCUCCUCCAAGAAUGACAACAGAAUGGAAGACUGUUCGCUUGUACCCUAUCCCCUCUAUUAUAUACCUCAUCCAUAAUAAUGUUCAGUUUGCCACCCUCACAUAUGUUGAUACAUCCACAUAUCAAAUCAUGGGAAAUUUAAAGAUUGUCACUACAGGAAUAUUAUUUAGGUUGUUCUUGAAGAGGAAGCUAUCCAAUUUACAGUGGAUGGCAAUAGUUUUAUUGGCUGUUGGAACAACCACAAGUCAGGUUAAAGGAUGUGGAGAAGCAUCUUGUGACUCCCUGUUCUCAUCACCAAUUCAGGGGUACAUGUUGGGCGUCUUGUCUGCUUGUCUUUCGGCCCUGGCUGGGGUUUAUACAGAAUUUUUAAUGAAGAAGAAUAAUGACACCUUAUAUUGGCAGAAUGUUCAGCUGUAUACGUUUGGGGCAAUUUUUAACAUGGGGCGGCUUUUUCUGGAUGACUUUAGAGGAGGUUUUGAGAACGGGCCUUGGUGGGACCGCCUUUUCAAUGGCUACACCAUCACAACAUGGCUGGUGGUAUUAAAUCUAGGUUCCACUGGUCUUCUGGUGUCAUGGUUAAUGAAGUAUGCUGACAAUAUCGUGAAGGUGUACUCGACAUCAAUGGCUAUGCUGCUGACAAUGGUUUUAUCAGUGUUCCUCUUUACUUUCAAACCAACAUUACAACUCCUUUUGGGUAUUAUUAUCUGCAUCAUGUCGCUACAGAUGUACUUCGCACCUCCAAGCACACUUGUAGAUUUGCCUGUGUCUGUGCCGGCAUCUCAAAGCGUCCCUGUUAAAGCAGCAGACACUUGACUGGCAAUGGGUCAAACAAACAAACAGAUUUUGUUUUUGUUUCAACAGCAAAGAAGUAUGUAUCUGCCGGUAGGUAUUGUAUGUAGGACGAGACUGUUAAAAAGUUACUAGGGCUUAUUGAAUUGAUGACAUUCCCAUCUUGAAGAUGGUCUUGCAUGGUUCAAACAACAUCAUAUAAUUGUUGCAUUCAUUUUGCAGUACGUACCUACGUACGUUAUAAUUAAAGAAACUAAGGUUGAGAUGUU